AUGGAGCUCGCUUCGAUAAAGCGGGCUGCGAUAUGGGUAUUCGCUGGACUAGGCCUCGCGCUGGCGAUAAUCUCCUGCUGCGAGAUGGCGGACAACUAUCUCGUCCUCUCCCACCCUGACGCCUGCAUCGCGUCGUCCAACGGAACCCACUGCGCGGCAGAGUUCCGCGUGGCGCGGCGAUCCCUAGGCGUGGUGCCGCAGACGGCGGAGCAAGUGACCUCAGCCAUGAUUGUGGCGGUGCAAGCGCAAGUCGCGGCGCUAAUCGACGCGGCCGACGAGAUUAAGUCAAGCAACGUGCGGAACGAUCAUUUCAUAAACGCCAUGGCGAGGAGCUGCGCGCGACAGGCUAACAUUGCGCUGCGCUACCUGGAGCAGGUGGGGGAUGCGGUCGAGGCGGGCACGAAUCAGCGCGACGUGCCGUACUGGUUGGCAGCCGCCGAUACGCAGAUCGACAACUGCGUUGACGGUUUCCAGACUUUCUCGCCCGCAGCGCAAGGCUUCCCCGCUUACGUGCAUCUCGAGUACACUGCUAAGAAAGCGGGCAGCACGCUUGGCGCCCUCGUUUCAAUCACCAACGCCGCCGCGAAAGCCGUUGCUACCAGCGGGGACGAUGAGGUGGCUGUGCGUGGACGAAGCAUGGCCGUUCAAUCAAGCAGCCCGGAUUGGCUUGAGCCGGGCUUGUACGAGCAGCUGCAGGAGCUUCAAACGAGGCUGAAUGCCGAACUUGCCGUUGCGGACGGAGGGGAUUUGGAGGGCGGUUCUAUCUUGAGGAGGCAGCUCCGCCACCGCCAUAACAAGAAGAAGAAGAAUAAGAAGAGCAGCGGCAGCAGCAAGAGCAACAGCAGCAAGUCCCCAAGCAAGAGCAGCAGCAGCAGCAGCAGCAAGAAGAGCAGCAAGAAGAGCGGCGGCAAGAAGAGCGGCAGCAAGAAGGGCAGCAAGAAGAGCGGCAAGAAGAGCGGCAAGAAGAGCGGCAGCAAAAGCGGCAUCAAGAGCGGCAAGAAGAGCGGCAGCAAGAGCGGCAAGAAGAGCGGCAGCAAGAGCGGCAAGAAGAGCGGCAGCAAGAAGAGCGGCAGCAAGAGCGGCAGCAAAAGCGGCAUCAAGAAGAGCAGCAAGAAGACCGGCAAGAGCAGCAGCAACAAAAGCAGCAAGAGCGGCAGCAAGAAGAGCGGCAAGAAGAGCGGCAGCAAGAGCAGCAGCAAGAAGGCGUCACCGUCCUCCGGCGCAAUGGUUGCCGGCCCGUCCCUUGCGGCCAGCGCGACCGUCGGGAAGGGAUACAAGUCUAUCCAGGACGCCGUUGAUGCCGCUCCUGGCGGUUCGCGAUUCGUGAUCUACAUUCCCGCGGGAACGUACAAGGAGCAGGUGCUGAUUGAUACGACGGAUAUCGUUCUGAUUGGUGCGGGCGCGGAUAAGACGAUUAUUACGGGCGACGCGAGUUACGGCAGCGGGUCCGGGACCUACGAGUCGGCUACAGUUGGGGUGGAUAGCGAUAGGUUCGUGGCUUUCGGCAUCAAAUUCGUCAACACGGCAGGCCCGGAGAAUCACCAAGCAGUUGCGUUUCGCGCCACUGGUGACCAAUCAGCUCUUUUCAACUGCGCGUUCGAGGGAUCGCAAGAUACAUUAUAUGUGGACGCGGGACGGCAGUACUACAAAAACUGCUACAUCGGCGGCACGCAGGACUUCAUUUUCGGCGACGCGGCUGUGGUCAUCGAUGCUCCGAAGAUUCAGCUGCACCCGAGUCCCUCUUUUGGAACUCUAACGGCGUCGGGGCGCAGUAAGGAUACGCCAACCGGGAUUGUGAUCCGCGAUGCGAAUGUCGCGGCGGAUAGCGGUACUACCAGGGUGUAUCUGGGCCGUCCGUGGAAGAAAUGCGCCUUCACGGUGUUCAUCAACGCCAAUCUCCCCGCGGCGAUCGAGAAGGACGGUUGGCUGUCGUGGAACGAGGGCAGCUGCAUGUUCCUCGCGGAGGCAGGCAGUAAGGGGCCUGGCGCCGCGUCUUCCCGGGUGGACUGGGCGGAGCCUGGGAUUAUCACGGACGUCAGCGGAUACGAUGCUAACUCUUUCACGGAAGUCAACAGCUGGCUCAAAUUGUCAGGCUAG